GCAAUCGGCCGUUAAACGUUCUGUCUUAAAGGGGAAGUGCCCGGCGACUGGGGCAUGGCCGGGACCGGCUCCGGCUCCGGCUCCGGCCCCGGCCCCGGCCCCGGCCGCGGCUCCGGCCGGUUCCUCUACGAGCUCCCGGCCUGGCUGGUCUGCGGCCUCUGCCGCCUCAUGGACGCGCUGGACCGGGCGGACUGGGAGCGCUUCGCCUCGCGGAUCGCGCGGGACCAGGUCGAGCUGCGUCUGUGCGAGGGGACGGACGGACGGACCCAGCGGCUGCUCUGGGCCUGGACGAACCGAAACGCCCGGGUCGGGGAGCUGCUGGCGCUGCUGGACGAGCUGCAGCUGUACCGGGCUCGCGACCUGCUGGCCAGCUGGCAGCCUCCCUCCGAGCCCCCUGUCCUGAGACCCCCGUUUCUUCCCUCAGCUCCUCCAGCCCCCCACCCCCCCACCGGUGACAGCAGAGCUUGGACCGUUACCUGGGACCCCCCCAAACCACCCCCGCAGCCCCCGCCAGAGCCCUCCUGCCCGUCGCUGCCUCUGCCUGGCCCCCCACCCAGCAGCCUGCUCAGCACCAGGACCCAGGGUCCCGGCCCUCCACCCGCAGCCCCCCCUGCCGACCAGGGGGUGGAGUCUCUGGGCCCCGCCCCCCUGGCGCUGGGCCCUGCCCCCCAGCCCUUUGCCUGGCCCCUGGCGGAGCUGGUGCAGGCCACGGAUGGCUUCGCGGAGCGGCAUAAGGUCGGGGAAGGCGGGUUCGGCUGCGUGUACCGGGCCCGGCUGCGCAACACCGACUACGCGGUCAAGCGGCUGAAGGAGGACCUGGAGCUAGAUUGGAGCAGCAUCCGGAGCAGCUUUCUCACCGAGGUGGAGAAACUGUCACGGUUCCGGCACCCCAACAUCGUGGAGUUCGGGGGGUUCUGCGCCGAGCGGGACCAUUUCUGCCUCGUCUACGUUUUCAUGCCCAACGGGUCCCUGGAGGAUCGGCUGAGUGGCCAGGGCGGGCGCCCCCCCCUGACGUGGGCCCAGCGGCUGGAGGUGCUGGUGGGGACAGCGCGAGCCGUCCAGUUCCUGCACCACGACACACCCAGCCUGAUCCACGGGGACAUCAAGAGCUCGAACAUCCUGCUGGACCAGGUGCUGCGCCCCCGGCUGGGCGACUUCGGGCUGGCGCGGGCCGGGCGGGGCCGGGCGGGGAGCGGGGGGCUCAGCGCCAGCCUGGGCCGGACCCACACGGUGCGGGGCACCCUGGCCUACCUGCCCCCCGAGUACGUGCAGAGCGGGGCCCUGUCCCCCGCUAUCGACACCUAUAGCUACGGUGUGGUGCUGCUGGAAACGCUGACGGGGAGACGGGCCCUGGAGACAGACGGACGCGGACGGACAAAGUUCCUGCUGCCCCGGGCUGCCCCCCAGCCCUGCUGGUGCCCCUCACCCCCGACCCCCCCCACCCCACAGAAGGAUCUGGUCGCAGAGGAGGAGGAGGCUGAGGUGGGCGAGGGUCCCGGGCGAUCGCAGCUGGCGGGGACGGGCCCAGACCAGGACGCUCGGGCGACUCGGGUCGGCACCAGGAUCUUCCGGAGCCACGUGGACUCGCGGGUCGGGCCGUGUCCGGAGGGGCUGGGCCCUGCGCUGGGCCGGCUGGCGACCCACUGCCUCCAGAAACGCAGCAAACGGCGCCCGCCCAUGGCCCAGGUGUAUGAGGACCUAGAGCGGCUACAGAAGUCGCUGCCCUGGGAUCCCCCCUCGAUCCCCCAGGGGGACUCGCUCCCCAGGGCCCCGGAGCUGCCCCCCAACCAGCCUGUGGAGAGCGACGAGAGCCUGUCGGAGGAGGGGGGCAGCUGGUUGGGUGUUGCCCCGUCCCUGCACCCCCAGAUUCACAUCAACCCGGCCCGGCAGCGCAUCAUGGAGCGGCUGGCGCUGUACCAGCAGGGGGCGCUGGACAGCCUGGGGGUGCUGGCCUCCGAGCUCCCGGCAGGCUCGGCCCCCCGCCUGCCCGAGGAGAGUGAUGAUUUUGAGCCCUGAGAAGGAUGGACAGAUAUGGAAGGAUGAAGUUCUCAGCGAUGUGGGGGCAAGCCCCACCCCGAAACGCACCUCCAGGCUGCUAGAACCCCCCCUCAAUCCAGGGACCCAGGCGUCCGGGAGGUGACUUUGAAUGGAGGGGCAGACACUCUCCUCCCCUCCCCUCCCCUCCAGCGGGCAUGGGGCCCAGGCAGCCGAGAAGGCGCCUUUGAAGUGCAGGGGGAGGUGGCACCUUGGUACUCAGGGGCUCGUGCCCACCCCCCACCACGCGGCUCCCCCUUGCUCCAUAGGACCCAGGUGUCUGUGAAGGUUCACGUUUCCUGGAGCCCCACGGCUUGCGUCCUGGGGGUGGGGGGUCACAGAACCAUCACUGGAAAAAUAAAACAUUUUAUAUAUUUUUA